AUAAACAAUUUUCCCCUGUACUAAAUUUUCAAACCGACGGACGAAACAUUGGACCUAGUACGGCCCCAAAGGCAACCCCAGAAAAUCAAAAGCUUCAAAGGUUGAAACUUUACCCGAUCAAAACUGACCCAAAAAGGGAAAAGAAAAUCUUUUACCCUAUCAAUUACUUGGAUCUACCCAUAAACUCUUUCUUUCUCACUCUCCUAGAUAUGGCUGGGAGAGAAGAUAAUCGUGUAUUUGUUGGUGGAUUGGCCUGGGAGACCACUGAGCGCCAGCUUCAAGACGCUUUCACUCGAUAUGGAAAAAUUCUUGAAUGUGUGGUUGUGGCUGACAGAGAGACUGGUCGCCCUCGUGGGUUUGGAUUCGUAACUUUUGCUGAUCAUCGAGCUAUGGGUGAUGCAAUCAGUGAUAUGAAUGGCCGGGAGUUAGAUGGUCGGGUUAUAUCAGUGAACAAGGCAAAGCCAAAGUUGGGUGAUGUUGAUGCUGGUUUGGAAUAUGACAGGGACUAUGUUCCUGGUGGGAGAAGACCAGGAGGCCGUUCUGGCUCUGGUUCUGAUUGCUUCAAGUGUGGUCGUCCUGGACAUUUUGCUCGUGAGUGCCCUUUGGGUGGGGAUGUUGGGGGACGUUUCUCAUCCCAGUUUGGUUCUGGCAGAGGUAGUGGUGGUGGUGGUGGUCGUGGAGAUCGUUUCAGGACAGACCAUUUUGAUAAUCGAUUCAGCCGAGGACGUUAUGGAGAUAGGGAUCGUUUUGAUGGUAGAGAAAGCAGGUAUGAAAGCCAGGAUCGUUAUGUCAGUGAUAGGUACAGUGAAAGGUAUGCACCUGCUCGUGACACCUUUGUUGACCGAGAGCUCCAAAAUGAGUAUGGUAGAGGCAGAGGCUACUUCAGAGAUGGAGAUCCAAGAACUGGUGGUGACAGGAAUGGAAGUGGAGGGCCAGAUCGUCAUGUGCCUUAUGGCAGGGGAGGCUAUAGAGAAAAGGCAGGUCCUUAUGAUCGUCCUAGGAGGGGAGAUCAUCUAUCAUCAUAUGAUCCAUACUGAGACAAUUUUGUUAGUUUUAUUUGUAGAAUGUGUUUAUGUUUACACCAGCGUUCAGUUUCUGAUCUGUGACCGUGUGAUGGAGGCAUUUGUAGCUAGUUGCUAUGUUAACUUAGUUUUUCUUAAAUAUAUAAGUAUGGAACUUCUAAUGGUGUGGAACUUGAUGUCUGGAACUCAUUUCGGAUAUAUUAUGGCUGAUUCUUUCUUCA